AUGGCAGAGUCACAGCCCAAGCAGUGGGGUGUCACGGCCCCCAUCUCCACCCAGCAGCCUUCGCAGGCCGACCUGAAGCUGAACGAUGAGCUUGUCGAAGAGCUCAAGAGGCAGAAUGUCUUUGAAAGCCCCGAGGGUUCUGACAUGAGAGUACGAGUGCUGAAGCACCUGCAAGAUGUCGUCAACAAGUUCUGCCACUUUGUCGGCAAGCAGAAAGGCCUGCCACAGUCGACGCUCGACACCAUCGGCGGCAAGAUCUUCUGCUUUGGUAGCUACGCCCUCGGCGUCCACGGGCCCUCCUCUGAUAUCGACACCCUCAUUGUCGCGCCCAAGCACAUCGCCCUUCCAGACUACUUCGACCACUUCGAGCGCAUCUUCAGAGAAAUGUCCAACGAGAAGGACAUCACCGAGAUGAACCCCGUCCCCGAAGCGUUCGUCCCGCUCAUCAAGAUGGAAUACUGUGGAGUCAGCAUCGAUCUUCUCUUCGUCUCGCUCCCCACCAUGACGCAAAUACCAAAAGACCUCGAGGGCGUGGACAAGACCAUGCUGCGUGGCCUCGACGAUACGGCUAUGCGCAGUGUAAACGGAACUCGUGUCACCCUCGAGCUCAUGCAGUCGAUACCCCAGAUCAAGAGCUUCCGCCAUGCCCUGAGGGCGAUCAAGCUAUGGAGUAAUCAGCGAGGCAUAUACGGAGCCGUCUUUGGUUACCCAGGAGGUAUUGCUUGGGCCAUCAUGGUCGCUCGCAUUUGCCAGCUGUAUCCUAUGGCUUGUGGCGCUACUAUCCUCACAAAGUUUUUCAGGCUCAUGGGCAAGUGGCCUUUCCCGCGACCUGUCAUGCUGAAGAAUAUCGAGGAAGGUACAUUGAACCUUCGUGUAUGGAACCCGACUCAGUACCCCGGAGAUCGAGCCCAUUUGAUGCCCAUCAUCACACCCGCGUUCCCGUCCAUGUGCGCCACCCACACAAUUAUGCACUCGACCCUGGAUGUCAUGCGAGAGGAGUUCGAGCGAGCUGAUCAGCUCAUCAACGGUGCGAACGGUAUACUUGAGGGCAAGAAGCAAUGGAAAGACCUGUUCCAGAAGCACACCUUCUUCACAAAGGACCACAAGUACUACUUGAGUGUCAUUGCAGCUAGUCGUACCGAGAAGGCGCACUCUACGUUCUCCGGACUAGUACAAUCCAAGUUUCGCCUACUUUGCAAGAAUAUCGAGGAUGGUCAAUGUGGUAUCGACAUCGCGCGACCUUGGAUGAAGGGCAUUAACCGGUUCCAUCGAUUCGAGACCGAAGAGCAAGCGGAUAAGAUUAUACAAGGAAGCACCGAAUACCAGAUCCCGGCGUCAGAGGUACCGUCUUCCUCAGCCAACGCAGACCCCCCAAAAGGUUUCAUGUACACGACAACCUUUUAUGUUGGCCUGAAGCUAAAGCCUGACGGCACCAAGUCCCUCGACAUUUCGUACCCUGUCAGCGACUUCAGGAACAUCGUGACGACUGCAAAUUCGUACGAAGAAGGUACAACAUCUGUUCGUGUAAUCCACACUCGCAACACCCAACUCCCCGAUGACCUGUUUGGCGAAAACGAGACACGCCCUCAGAAGCCCCCUAAGAAGGAGAAGAAGAAGGACGCGAACAAGGCUGCUAAGCGCCACUUUGCCGAGACAGGGCUCGACGACAGCGAGCAUGCAGCAGCGAAGCGCCAACAGUCCGAACAUGCCACCAACGGGGUAUCCACACCGACGGCGGCAUAG